AUGGAUAUCUCAAAUCCCCGUCGCAUAUUAGCCGUCUCCUUGGCAGAUUCGACUCACCACUUAACCAAGGUAAUUAAAGACCUCACCGGUACUCAUCCAGAGCAGACAUCAACGUCACUAGCCGGUUCAUCACACAGCCUCUCUUUAAAAUCAAAAUAUUAUACUGCUGAAGUGCCCAUAUGGUUAGACCUCAUAUCAUCACCCUCAGAAUGGGCCGGUUCUUUCCUAUCUCCCCAGGCCAAGAUGGUCCUUGGGGUUCUAGGCGGAGUUGUCGUAGUCUUCCCGUUACCGGUCAAGUCGCAGACAGAUGAGAUCAAAGCCGCACGGGAACUUAUCCAGAAUGUAGGCAAGGUUGUCAAGGAGGGGCUUGGCGGCUGGACCUGGGACGGGGUCGGUUUGUGUCUGGGAGUUGGAGAAAUAGACGAUGUCGAUGAGUGGGAAGAUUACUGCUCCGAAUGGUGCUUGGAGUUCGUGCAGGUCAAGAAUCAGUCCGUAGCAACACGAAACGAAUUCGGUGGAUCGGGAAUCGAAGGCAAGAGACUAAUUAGACAUGCAGAAAAGACUGGCAUCCCUCGUGCCCUAGAAGCUCUAGAGUCAAUCGACUGGUCUCAAACGUCCUAUGACUACCCUGGGUUUGAUCCCCAGGACCUUGAGGACUUUGAGGCGCAAUUUGACAUCGAAAAUGGCGAUAAUGGUAAAGACGAGGAUGGGCCUGAUCUCGAUCCAGAAAACCUCGAUUUUGGUUUCGACCGCGAGGACUUUGCCGAUCUCAAACAAGCGAUAUGGAAUUCCGAGAAAGAUGAGGAUUUCCUAAACGGAGAACUGAGCACGGACACCAGCAAGAAGGAUGACGGGGAAGAUAUGAAUGAUGAAGAGAUCAGGAAGAUAGAGCGCAUGAUGGGUAAGCUGCAAGCCGUGCGCGAUACGAGUGCUGGGCUACCGGAAGACCAACGUAAGCGGAUAGCCGCAAAGGCGGUGGCCGAGGUCAUGAAAGAGCUAUGA